AGUUCACCACCAUGGCUCUCAAGUAUCGGGUGACAGUGUGGGGAAAGUUGGACACCACAAGCGGCUUAAAACCUAACUAAGACCAAACCAGGGGGAAAUAAAUCAGCAUGACGAGUGAGAGAGCUCCAACUCUGAGCGGGGAGGAAGAGGAGGAGGACACUGCACUGGGAUAUUACGACGACGACGAAGACGACCUGGAGGCGUUCUCAGACGGAGAGCUGGGCUGUGAGGACGGAGUGUUGGGCUUCAGUGAUUCUCUGAGUGGAGAGGUCAAACCUCGUAUCCUGUUGAUGGGCCUGCGGAGGAGUGGAAAGUCCUCCAUCCAGAAGGUGGUUUUCCAUAAAAUGUCGCCAAACGAGACCCUGUUCCUGGAGAGCACCAAUAAGAUCUGCAGGGAGGACGUCUCCAGCAGCUCCUUCGUCAGCUUCCAGAUCUGGGACUUCCCCGGCCAGAUCGACUUCUUCGAUCCCACCUUCGACUAUGAAAUGAUCUUUAGAGGCACUGGAGCUCUUAUCUUUGUCAUCGACUCACAGGAUGACUACGUGGAGGCUCUGAGCAGACUGCAUCUCACAGUGACCAGGGCCUACAAGGUCAAUCCAGACAUCAACUUUGAGGUGUUCAUUCACAAAGUGGACGGCCUGUCAGACGACCACAAGAUUGAGAAGCAGAGGGACAUUCACAAACGAGCUAACGAUGACCUUGCCGAUGCGGGCCUAGAACGAAUUCACCUGAGCUUCUAUUUAACCAGCAUAUACGACCACUCCAUAUUUGAGGCUUUCAGUAAAGUGGUCCAGAAGCUCAUCCCGCAGCUGCCCACGCUGGAAAACCUGCUAAACAUCUUCAUAUCAAAUUCAGGUAUUGAGAAGGCCUUCCUGUUUGAUGUGGUCAGUAAGAUUUAUAUCGCCACAGACAGCAGUCCAGUGGACAUGCAGACAUACGAACUAUGUUGUGAUAUGAUCGACGUGGUCAUUGACAUCUCCUGCAUCUAUGGUCUGACAGACAGUGAAGCUGGUUUACCUUAUGACAAGGAGUCCAUGGCCAUCAUCCAUCUGAAUAACACUACAGUCAUGUACCUGAAGGAGGUCACCAAGUUCCUCGCUGUGGUCUGCUUCCUCCGCAAGGAAAGCUUUGAGAGGAAAGGACUAAUUGACUACAACUUCCACUGCUUCAAAAAAGCCAUCCAAGAGGUCUUUGAUGUUCGAGUGAAGGUUCAACAGAAUCGCAAACUCCUCAGUCAGAGGAGGUGGAGCAAACUGACUAUGACCAACGGAGCGCUCAGCAACCCCCACUGACCUUCGCCGACGCCUCGUCGGUCAGGGCGUUACCUGACCUGCACCUGCACAAAUCCAGGGGACUCCAUCCUCAUUCAAACAUCCAUGUUUUUCACCUUGCUGGGACCUGUUCUGCUCAGUCCAUUCAGUCCACCGUCCUCCAGUGUCUCUGUCCUUAGAAGCAGAUGAAGUUUUACUGGGCAAUAAUAGUUUUCAAGUAGGCUCCAUGAGACAUAUACAGGAAGAUUAGCUGAUUUCAACCCCCCCCCCCCGCCCCCGUGUCCUCUAUAGUAGGUGGAGAACCUAAGAUGUGGACAGAUAUAGGUUGUGGACAUAUAUGAUUGGUGUAUGGAAAUCACUUUGGACCUGCCUCAGCCACUACAAUCACCCUUUAGACACCAAACCACUCCUGAGUCUGUGGAGAGCAGUGGCUGCUGUGCUCCAUGUUAGCAGCACGUUAAAGCAUUUCCCUCCCAACCCUCAUAUAAGGGAGGAAUUAUGGGUAAUUCACUGCCUUAAAUGGUAACUGCUGCCACUUCAGUUGACUCUUAAGCUCCUUUCAGACUGAAGAUGAGCUGAUUUUAACAUUACCUGCCCUGCUCAUUGAUUUUUAACCCCAUAUUGAGAGCGUGUCCAUCCCACUAAUGAUUACAGCCACAAUCACCCACAGUUUUUUUUUUUUCUUUGUGUGUGGACUUGCUGGUCCUCCUGUAAUUUAAAUCCCAUCUGUAGUGACAGCCGUGUAUUUUAAAAUGGAUCUCACUGGUUUUUUUUUUUUUGGUUUUUUUUUUCUGAGUUACUUGUCCUUCUAUUUUUAUCAUCAGCUAAGUGUGAUGUCUGACUUUUUGGUAGAAGUGGAGGAAGUUAGAUGGAAAAGAAAAGAUUGGAAAAUCCAUCAGGAUUGUCAAAGCUUGUGAAAGCUCGUCAGUAAGGGUGUUGUAAUGUCAGCUACAGGGAGGUGCUGGUAUUCUCUUUAGAGAUCUGUGUGUUUUGCUCUGUAUUUGUUUCCAUAUUGGCAAAUGGGCGCCUUUAAUAUGCUAAAUUAGCUUUUAGCGGUUUCUGUUUGCAGUUUGUUUCUUUGAUUUCUAAGCAGGUUUAUGGACAUUUUUUCGCGAUGAACACAGGAGAUAAUAAUAUCUUCAGAAAGUGGGAGUCAUUCUGAGUGACAUCAGUAUGUGCUAUGUUUGUUCAGGUCUGGCUGAGUUAGAAAAUCCAGAGGGAUUGAGAUUUUUUUCACUUUGCGGCGUCUUUGCCUCUUGUCUCUCCCUCCUCACCUCCUCAACCUCAAGGUUACCCCCUCUCUCCCCCCCCCCCCCCCCCAGGGAGGCUUUCUAUCUUUCUCUGUUUGGCCCGUGUCUGUUCCAGACCAUAUCCUGUGAUUUCAUGAUGGUUAUAAUGCUGUCCACCAUAGCGAUGAGUUAAAUUACGGAUAUGACCUUUCUAAUGCUUUUCUAGGCCUCGAGUUUCACAUUUGGCCAUUCAGGUCAGUCGUGUUCGGUCUUUAAGGUGUGGGUACAGACCUGCUUUGGGGUCUGAACCUGAAUUUCAGCACUGCUCAGGACGUGGUAUUCCCUCUGAAGGGGAUAGACUGUUAUGGCGUCCUUUUAAAGGGCUUUUGUCUCUCACACAGUUCAUUCAACAGGGACGUCAAAGCUCCUCAAAUUAAGACUGAGACUUGGCACUUUAAUGUAGAAUAAAUUAUUUUAUUUCAAAAUAAGUGUUCUGGAGAAGAAGAAAAAAAAAAGUGUAACUGUCCAAUCACUUAGGGUCUGGACUGAACCAAGAACGUAGAACUUACAGGUUCAGGCUACGGGAAGCUUUUUUAAAUUAUUAUUAUUAUUAGUGUUUAUCACGUAAUUUAUUAACAGACUUUUUGUACUUGUAGUUGACAUAAGUCGUGUGCGCGUUGGAGGAAAUGUUCUGUUGCAUAAACUCACAUAAGUCACGUAAAAUGAUAUAUAUAUUAUAGUAAUUUAAUAAUAAAUAGGUUUAAGGUGUAUCAUCAUCUCCAUAGAACCCAUCUCUAGCUGCCUCCCCUCUGUGCUGUUGAAAGUAGAACACAAAGGUCCUCACGUUCAUGACAGCUUGACAACUCUAACUGCUGUUAUUAGGAGAAAUUGGAAUUUAGCUAAAAACACACAGGGUCACAGGCCAGAGAAAGGUUUAAGAGUCAGAAUGCGAGGUUUGUAUCAUUAAAAAGUGUGUUUAGUGAUGGUAGUUACUCGUGUCACAUUAAAAAAACUAGGUGUGUUGAGGUGUGUUUUGGUUUGGAAGUGUGUUUGAUGAGAUAUAUCAGUCACUCACACACACACACACAUGCUUGUUGGUAGGAUACAUUCAUAGGUGUCAUCGAUCUGAGGUUGAUCUUUUAGUUUAUGUUUUGUAUUGGUUUUUUUUGAGGAAUUGUGGUUGUUAAGCUAAACUCUCUGUUUGCGUGUCAGUCUGUGUUUCAUCACCCAUCUGUCAUCGUGAGAAAGUGGGAAGCGGUGGGAAGAGAACGAGUUCAGAAACGUAUCUGGGCUCAGAGUCAGAGACAAUGCGAGGAGCUCAGCGUACAACUGACACUUUGUCAAAGUAGUUCAGAAACCCGGGGCUGUAUUCACUAAGGAUUUUGUCUGACCAAUAGGAGUCCUCCUAAAUUGCACUGAAAGUUCCACACUACGAGUUUCCUCAUAGGAGCUAUUCACAAAACUGCUGAGACACACACUGAGAGAACUCCCUAAGCUAAAAGAAGAGGUGGAGUUGAUUCUGUUUGGAUCAUCAUCCUUUCAUUAAGUUUUUCUACAUGUAAAACCAGUUCAACGGGACAGUCCACAAACUCACCUUUCUUUGUUGAUGAUUACUUAAUGUACACGUAAAGAAAUAUGGCUCCGAAGGACGCGUUUCAAGACUGUCCCCUCUACCAGCUGUACUUUUCCAGAGUCACAGUGGUGCAGAGCUGUGCAAACUGUCCCCUCCGGUCUUAUUGGCUUGUUGCAGUUUGAUGGCGAGCUGAUUGGAUCCUUAUCGACUUGUCUGCCAUCUAAUUAUGCUCAUUAGUUCUUUAUGGUUGUGGUUUUUUGACGAUGCUGAUGUAACGAGGCACAUUAGCUGCAGCAACUGAUCGACCGAGCGGCUCGUACAGUGGCUCAGGAGUCGCCUGGUCCGCCUUUAACUUUUUGAGAAACAGUUUUUACCACUCUAAUUUAUUUGUGUAUCAUUACCAGGAUCUCAUUUAUGUCACAGUGUGAAGCUAUGCAGACUAUUUCAUUUUCAAUUGUGAGAGCGAAUGUGUGCUUGUUCCGAAGUGAAUCAGUUUCUGAGUGUUGGAAAAAAAACAUUUUGUCUAUAACAUCGAACAAAUCUGCUGAUGCCUCUCAGCCGAGCGCUCCGUGUUUGACGUCAGUGAGUUGUCUUUUUAAAGAACUACAUUUGGUUAAAUGGAGUGGCAGCUGAAACUCUGAAACUUUUUUUUGUACUCAGAUCAUUGGGGAUUUUUUUUUUUUUUCCAUAACUUUUCUGAGCAGCUGCUGCACCUGUCACCAGUCUGAUUUUCAUAUUAAACCACCGCACAAUAAAAGCCAAUAAAACUACAGUAUUACAGUUUUACUUUUAUGCAAAAAAAAACAAAACUUUCCAACAUACUAAAUCACAUACUGACAGCACCUUGACAUUUUAUCAGCAGGACAACAUGACAGCACAGAAAAAGCAAUAGUGCAGGGGAAAUGACAGCACAGAGUCGGUCCCUCACGACAAAACCACCCCUCUGAAGUGCUGCUGUUGUUUGAAAGCUGGAUUUGAAAUUCAUUUGGUCCAUGCUGGAGAGGCUGAAUCCAGAAUCCAGUCCAAACCUUCCUGCCACAGCAGAUCAAUAAGGCCUAGAGACAAAUUGCAUUGUAUUGUGUUGCUGGGAAAAAAAAAAAAAAAAGGAUAGGCUUGUUGUUUUAUCUAUUAGUGCAUAAUGGUAUGUGGUGUACCAUUGUAUGGGUGUGUCCAGACUGCUUGAUUGACAGCCCUUUGACUGUGAAAUCCCUCCCUCCACUUACCCCCCCACACUCAGCAGAUGACUUGUUUUGCUUGCUUGCUUGCUUGCUUGCUUUUAACUCAGGUUGGUAGUGGUGGAAUGUGCCAAAUGAACUGGAAAGUUUAAUAAAUUCAAAAUCAACUAAGUGCUUCAGUCAGAUCAUACAGACCCUUACUGGAACAUUUUACAUUCAAAUGAUGAAUUACUAUUUUCAUGAAAGUUUCUAAAAUAUUUUUUUUUUUAUUACGACAGUUCAGUUUUGUUUUUUGUUUUUUUAAACUUACUUAUGGGGAAACCAAGAGGUCUGAGCUGAUUUUGUGUAAUUUUGCCUGAGCCUUAUGAACACACCUCUGAGCCUAAAAAGGACAAACAAACCUGUUGCAUGUUUCCUGACAUGUGACCUCUGUUGUUAAGGGCACAGGAAGACGGCAGUCAUGGUUAACAGAGACCGAGAGAAAAUCAUAUUUUCUGCCGACAAAAUCAGACACUAUGCUCAGUGUGACCACACAGCCAGUUGUGGUGUUUGCUGCUCUGGACAGUCUCGCUCAUUAAACUGCUGUCAAUUAGAACCAUGAGACAAAAUCAGGACAGACGCUUAACAGAGCGCUGAUAGGUGAGAGCUGGGUGGCAAUAACACGAUGAGCUGGCCUCAUGACGUAACGGGUAUCAGGAAUAACUUUACCGCCCUUUACAGAAGACAGGUUCAUUUGGCUUUAAGCAGAUUUCACACAUCCCCAUCACAUCAACCCUGCUCUCCUUAAUUAGACCGUGGAGCCGGAACACCUUGUUAGGAGAGUCACCCAACAUUAAUGACCCCCCCCCCCCCCCACACACACACACACACACCC